CCCAGCUCAGUCGGUACAUAUAUACGUGAGGGAGCACGAACGAGCAGGCUGACGACAAAAUGGUUAAAUCAAAGAAGUGGAUACUUGCUAGAGAGUUUGAAGGAGAGCCAAAGGACUCCAACUUCAAGCUUGAAGAGGAGGAACUGCCUGCUUUGAAAGACGGAGAAUUCAUCUGUGAUGCAGUGUAUCUUAGUGUGGAUCCGUACAUGAGGGCUUAUUCUUACCCUGUCGGGAGUUGCAUCAUCGGCGAACAGGUAGCGAGGGUGUCGGAGAGUAAAAACAAGGACUACCCCGUCGGAUGCCUGGUGCAGAUGCAAUCGGGGUGGCGUUCACGUACACUGGUCGACCCUUCAAAGCCAAAAGACUUGGAAACCAUUCGUUUCCUCAAAGUGCCCGAUCUUGGAACACUGGAGCCAUCUCUUGCACUGGGAAUCUUGGGGAUGCCAGGGAUGACAGCCUACUUCGGGUUCCUGGAGAUCUGUCAGCCAAAGGCUGGAGAGACUGUACUGGUUAACGGUUCCGCGGGAGCGGUGGGCAGUCUUGUCGGACAGAUUGCCAAGAUGAAGGGGUGCAAGGUGAUUGGAUUUGCUGGAUCAAAGGAGAAAUGUGAUUGGGUGAAGAGUCUUGGAUUUGAUCACGUGUUCAACUACAAGGAAGUAGACAUCGACAAGUCCCUGAAAGAGGCGGCCCCCGACGGAAUUGACUGCUACUUUGAUAAUGUGGGAGGAGAUUUCACGUCUACAGCACUUCAGCAUAUGAAUAUGUUUGGUAGGGUUUCUGUUUGUGGUGGUAUCUCAGCCUACAAUGCCACAAAGCCACCCAUCGGUCCAUAUCCCUUCAUGACGAUCGUGUUCAAACAACUGAAAGUUGAAGGUUUCAUCGUGCUUCGAUGGUGGGACAGGUUCUUGGAAGGCAAGGCUGAAAUGAAGAAAUGGAUAGAUGAGGGAAAGAUCAAGUACAGAGAGACGGUCCAAGGUGGUUUCGACAACAUGCCCAAGAUCUUCAUGUCGCUCUUGAAAGGAGCCAACAUUGGGAAGAUGGUCGUCAAAGCCUAGAUAUCAAAGAGAUCAUUGAUCAUUUCAGUCUGCAUAAACUCGUAUAUACAUACUCAAGUGUGCAAACUAUUGUGACAUUAUAGCUGACUGUAAAUUCGCUGAAGGUUUGUAACAUCUAUGACGUAGUUAUAAUGUUUAAUGUAUAAUACGUGUUUUGUAUCCUUUAAGUCCGAGGAGGAAGGAAUAGCAAAACAAUAUGACGUUCAAAAGAAGCGUUUAAAAUUUAUUGUAGAAUGAAAGAUUUAUGCUUCCAAUCUAUUGUCGAAAUAGACAGUACAGGUAACUAAUCUUGGUUAACGAAAAUAUGAAUUGUUACAAAUACUAAAAAAAUACUAUUUUUCCCGUUUUUGCCACAAACAUGUAUUUACUUCACGCUUUAAGCCCUGUCUGCCACGAAGCACCUUAUAUCAGCUUGUUGCAACGUCCACAGCGAGCAUAACAGAGCAAGCUUAAAGUAACCGAAAUUUCGCGCAAGUGUUGAUUAAAGAUCGAUCACAAGUGUACAGUGUCUCCUAUUGUUUUAUUACAUCAACUAUCAAUUGAUCAGGCAACUUUUACACUGAAUGGAGGAACGUUCCAACUG